AUGUGCCGGGCUGAACACGCAGUGUACCGUAAAUGCGUUCACCUCGCCAGAGAGGAGCAGGCAGUGUAUGGGCAUCGUCCAUUUGGCAGUCUGCCAUGCUCAAACGGUCUGGCUCAUGUCCAUUACACAUUUGACUUUGCCCAACAGUUGACCCUUCCACACCAUUCCAGACAGGAAGGACCAUUGUACUUAACGUCGCCAAGAAAAGUUCAGUUGUUCGGGGUAUGCAUAGAAGGGACAGCAGAGCAAUACAACUAUUUGAUAGAUGAAAACAACACAAUCGGCACUGAUGGUUCUCAGUCCCACGGCCCAAACACUGUCAUUUCUAUGCUGCAUCAUGCAUUUCAGCAUUAUGGUUUUGGCGAGAUGGCAUGUCAUAUUCACUGCGAUAACUGUGCAGGACAGAAUAAAAAUCGAUAUGUAAUGGCGUACUUUUGCUGGCGGGUAAUGGUCAGGUUACAUCGUGAAGUGACGGUUAGAUUUCAAAUUCCUGGUCACACCAAAUGUCUAGUUGAUGCUGGAUUCGCUCAUAUUUAGAAACUCUAC